GCGGAUCUCUGACUAGGCCGGGUUGGAUUGCAGAAACAUGGCGUGGAGGAGCAGUGUGUGGAUCUGUAGCGGGCUUGGGGUGCGCAGUAAUGUGAACUUCCUCACCUCGAAACUGCGGGGACACAGAUUCACCUUCUACACAGAGCAGAGGUGUGGUUUCAAGAAAGCUCCCAAGAAGAAUGAGCCACGGAAGGUAGAGCCAGAAGAAGUGGGGAGGAGAGAGAUGGAGAGUGCGGGUCAGAGCAGGGGCCCCUCUCCCCUGGCAGAGCCAGUCCACAAGGCACCCCCCCGCUCCUUCGGCAGGCUCCUCAAACCCCUGGUCUUCACUAUUGCGUUUACAGGGUGCUCGUUCGGCACCGCAGCGGUCUGGCAGUAUGAGUCUCUCAAGUCUCGGGUCCAGAGCUACUUCGACGAGGAGAGAGCGGGCUGGCUGGAGAAACUGCGCCCCCAGAAAGAAGUGGACUUUAGGAAGCAGGUAAACCGGUGGUGGAAUAGCCUGAGUGACGGGCAGCGGACUGUCACAGGGAUCAUUGCUGCCAAUGUGCUGGUGUUCUGUCUAUGGAGGGUGCCUUCAAUGCAGCGAACCAUGAUGAGAUACUUCACCUCCAACCCUGCUGCCAAGGAUCUGUGCUUCCCCAUGAUCUUCUCCACCUUCAGUCACUACUCCCUGUUCCACAUGGCAGCCAACAUGUACGUCCUGUGGAGCUUCUCGUCUAGCGCUGUGUCUCUGCUGGGCCGGGAGCAGUUCAUGGCUGUCUACCUGUCUGCAGGUGUGAUUUCUACAUUCGUCAGCUACAUCUGUAAGACAGCCUCAGGAAGACUGGGCCCCUCGCUCGGAGCAUCGGGUGCUAUCAUGACCAUUCUGGCUGCAGUUUGCAUGAAGAUGCCGGAGGCCAAACUAGCCGUGAUCUUCCUUCCCAUGUUUACCUUCACUGCUGGCAGUGCCCUGAAAGCCAUCGUUGCUUUGGAUGCAGCCGGGCUGGUUCUGGGAUGGCGGUUGUUUGACCAUGCGGCACAUCUUGGGGGAGCUCUGUUUGGAAUAUGGUACAUCACGCACGGGCAUGAGCUGAUUUGGAAGAACAGAGAGCCCCUGGUCAAAAUUUGGCACGACAUGAGGACUAAAGGCCCCAGGACAGGGGGGGGCGGAGCUCCUUAACCUGCAGUCUGUGUGUACAGCGAUGCUGCUGCCUGCUUCAGGAUAGCAGUGGUCCUUCAGGCACAGAGAUGGACCAAACAGCUCCUAUAGACGCAUUCAUUCUGUCUGCCCAAGAGGGGUGAUUAAUCUGCAGAAAAAGAAACACAUUGUUCAGACAUGGAGGUCCUGCAGCUUUCAACUCAGUACACACACAGACUUUUAAAGCUGUUUACUAGCAGACUGAACUGUCAGCAGGUGACACAUUGGAGCAGGGGAAAAAAUGUGAAUGUUUAAUAAGAGGAACCCUGCAUGUUAUUUCAGAAUAGCACAUGUUUUUAAACAGUAGUGGCAGCUAUCCUGUUGUUACUUAAAAAGUGUAAAUUAAGAUUGAACAAAUUUAAAAAAAGUUAUUAAAUUGAGUCAUGAAACUGACCUCUAAUGGAGUUUAUGUAUUCCAUUGAUAAAUUUAAACAUUCAAAAGCUACUGUCUGUAGUAUCCUGACUUGUGUGUGCUACUGUACAUAUCAAGUGUCUGGAUGAAGUAAAACCAGGCUUUGUGAUAGGCAGGAGCCUGUUCUUAAACCCUGGGUUUUCCAUCUCAUGAUGCACACAAACAUUUAAGAACUGUCAACUUUUUUUUUUCUUCAUCUGUCAUCAAAACCUCCAGCAGCACUGUGCUCCCACACACUUUGAGGGUUCUAAUUUGAUGUAAAAUAUUUAUCUGUUUUUCUUUCGAU